CGCGCUCGCGGGUUGGCUGGUGGAAAGGGGCCAAAAUGGCGGCGGCCGGAGCCGGGACGACUAGGCUGCUCCUGCUCUUACUGAUGGCGGCCGCAGCCCCCAGCCGGGCGCGGGGCAGUGGUUGCCGGUCCGGGGCCGCUGUGCGGGGGGCAGGGGCUGAAGGUCGAGAGGGCGAAGGCUGCGGCACCGUGGGGCUGCUGCUGGAACACUCAUUUGAGAUCGAUGACAACACCCACUUUCGGAAGCGGGGCUCGCUGCUCUGGAACCAGCAGGACGGCACCUUGUCCCUGUCACAGCGACAGCUCAAUGAGGAGGAGCGGGGCCGACUUCGGGAUGUGGCAGCUCUGAAUGGCCUGUACCGUGUCCGGGUCCCGCGGCGGCCUGGGGCCACUGAUGGCCCAGAAGCUGGUGGCUAUGUCUCCUCCUUCGUCCCCGCAUGUUCCCUGGUGGAGUCGCACCUCUCGGACCAGCUGACCCUGCACGUGGACGUGGUUGGCAACGUGGUGGGUGUGUCGGUGGUGACGCACCCUGGGGGCUGCCGGGGCCACGAGGUGGAGGAUGUGGACCUGGAGCUGUUCAACACCUCAGUGCAGCUGCAGCCGCCGGUCACGGCUCCAGGCCCUGAGACAGCGGCCUUCAUCGAGCGCCUGGAGAUGGAGCAGGCACAGAAGGCCAAGAACCCCCAGGAGCAGAAGUCCUUUUUUGCCAAAUAUUGGAUGUACAUCGUUCCUGUCGUCCUGUUUCUCAUGAUGUCGGGAACGCCAGAUGCUGGGGGCCAGGGGGCCGGUGGAGGCGGUGGUGGCGCUGGUGGCGGUGGGGGCGGUGGGCGGUGAGGGGCCCGGGCACAGUCAGUGCCCCAUUCUCUCUCCCAGGGGACUCCCUUCCUGCCCAGAAUACCUGUGUCCUCGGUCAUCCCAAAAAGGAGUCGCUGGCUCCCUUCCCAUGAGGGGGACACUCCUCCCUAGGAGUCCUUUCCCUAUGGACCUCGGUAUUCCUGUUGGCAGAAGGGCGGCCGCACCCUCCCUGCCACAGUGGCCCCACUGUAGCUCCAAAGGCUUCCCUUUGCCCACAGGAUGGAGCCCAAGCUCCUGGGUCCCUCUGUCCGCCUGUCGGUACCCACCCCCCCCCACUCCCAAUCCCUGUAGUCUAGGAACAUGCCAGUUCUCUAGCAUCUGUGCCUUUGUUCUUGCCCUGCCUGCCCCUGCCGGGCUAGAUGGCCCCUAACUCCGAGAUGGUCCCUAAGUUGUGUGAUGCACUCCCCUCUGACCUCGAGGGCACAGAACAAGCUGGGCUGGCAUGGGCACCCGGCUCUGUUCCUCCCACAACCCUGUGGCCCUGCUCUGCCCUCUAUCUGCCCAGGACACCAUCCCUCCACAGGCUUCUGGGCUCGAGAAAAUAUCUAAAAGCAGAACAAAACAAAGUGAUAACAUUUAGUGGAGUUCAGGGCCCAGCGAUGUAAAUAGAAUCCCUUUCCUGCGUGGACCAUCUUCCCUGGGAUACAGCGCUAGGUGAGGACCGCUGGGCCUUUGCUAUUUAUCCCCUCCCCCUUGUCUAUUUAAAAACACUGAUGAGAGAAUAUAUUGAAAUAUAUGAAGUUUUGAGAAGUUACAACUUCCAGCCAAAUGUACCUGUUGCCUUGGCUCAAGGCCGUCCCGAUGUGUGUGUAUAUAUGUAUAUAUAGUUAGUGAAUUCUGCUGUUCACUUGACAAAUUACUCGGAAACGUGGCGUUCCUCAUUGUCGGCAUGGCUGUAUGACACGCUGCUCCGUCGGGGGCAGCCUAUUAAACUGUUCCCUAAAUGUUGGACAUUUAGCUUGCUUCCUGCUCUAUGUGGUUAUAUAGCACUACAGUGAGCGUUAUUGGCCAGCUCCGUUUGGGGUGAGUGAAUUAUUUCCUGGGGACGCAGGACUAAAAGUGGGAUUAGAAGCAUUCGGAUGAGCAGGUAAUGCAUGCGUGUGGCUCAUCUGUCAAAACAACACAUGGAGGGGCGUGGUGGAAGGUCUUGUUCUCCAUCACUUCUCCUUUAUUUUCCUCCUGGAGAGUAUUUAUGGAGCACAAGCAAAUAGGGAACGCUGUUAUUCUCCCCACUUUGUAACACAAAAGUCACCCGUUCCGCACAGCGUCUCACACUUACUUGCUCCUGCACAGUCUUACUUGCCAGUGCCUAGUGGCCUGGCCCUGUGCUCUCCCACAGGCAGGUGCCCUGCAGCUCAGUCAACCAGGGCCAUUGCCAUGCAUGCAGAUGUAACUAAUAAAACCCCGGAACUGGCAUGGCCGGAGCCGCGGGAGAUGGCCUUUGCAGACUGGAGCCAAGUUGCUAAGUUGCCCUCCAUGGGACAAACUCCCACCGUCCUCGAUUCCCACGGACUGUGCAAACUUCCCCAUGCAUUUACUCCAUCUCAGGUGGGUCGUGUUUACACUGUUGGUAUCUUCUGGGGACUGUCCUUGGCCUUUGCUCAGUGGCAGUGUUUAUGUCCUUGAAUGCCUCUUGGGAGUCAUCUGAUGUUGCUGAGACCUGACCAUGCCUCUGUUUUCUGAUGCCCUUGCACUUGGCUGGCUGUGGCCCUUCCCUCAACCCCAGCCCUUCCCUGGGCAGGCCCCGUGGAAGCUCAAAACCCACCAGGCCCGCUGCACUGUGACAUAUGGCCUGAGAGUCCUAGGGGUCCCACUGAUUUACAUUUCUUCGGUGUCUUGUGUUAACACACCUGUCAGCAUUGGGAGUUACGGUUUCACCAAUUUUUUUUUUUAAGCUUUUAUACGUAAAACCGUGUUCAAUUGUCACUCUGACUGGCAUUUCUUUCUCUGCCAGCAUGAGACUGCGCGUGUUUUUCCUAUCUGUGCUCCACGUGAAUUCUCUUGCUUUUCCUAGAUGACCCCAGAGGGGCUGAUUUCUUGGACAGCAUUCCCAACUCAGUGUUCUUAACCCUUUGUCUGAUUUGCAAGUGCAUUCUCUCCCCAGUCAUUUGCCGGAUCACUUUGUUGUUUUUUAAUGGAUUGUGAUUUGAAGUCUAUCUGAUUACAUUCUUUUUCUCUACAACUUUUUCGAUCACUAUCAAGCUGACACAGUUAUUUUGUGGUAUGUUCUAGUCAUUGUCUGAGCUAGUCCAGGCUCCCCAGGGCUCUGUCCUUAUUAAACUUCUAAUUCUUGCCUGUCCCUGGUGAGCCGAUUCAUGGUUUCAUUCUGUUGGUUGGUACCCAGGGAUAUAGCACGAACCUCAAAAGAUACAGGAGGGUCCAAAUCAAAGGGCCUUUUGCUUAGCCCGGCCCAACAGCCUUUCAUCAGGUGCUACCUGAGUUUCAGACUCGGGUGCGUUGCUCUGGAGGUGUUCUCUGCAUAGACGAGCAAAUGUGUAUGUCAGUAGUUUUGCAAAAGUGUGUUGCUUUUGCUUUUCAUCCCCCCUUGACAUUAAGUUGGAGAGGUUUCCACCUCUGAUAUAAAGUGCAUCUUCGUUUGUGACA